AUGAUUGCCAAGGUGCAAAAGUUAUUGAACCAUGAAAAUCAUAAUAAUUCCUCACCUAAAUUCAUCAAAUUGAGAAAGGAUAUUUUACAACACAUUGAACAAGGUCAAUCCACUGAAAAGAAAAAUCCAUCGAGUGUCAAUGUCAAUUAUAUUGAACCUAAAGUGCCAAUGCAAAAGAUUUUCUGUGAAACUCUUUCAUUGGAUGAUAUAGAUGAGGAGGAAAUUGCAAGACAAUUAACACUUUAUGAAUAUGACUUGUUUGUCGCUAUUGGAUUGGAAGAAUUAAUGAGUUUCGGAUGGAAACGUUUGAAAUUCAAACACAGAUGUCCAAAUAUCAACAAAUUGUUAAUUCAUUUUGAAAAUGUCACCAAAUGGAUUAGUUUUUCAAUUUGCAAACCAAAAUCUAAAAAUCCAAUCAAGAGAUGCAUUUCAAUUUGUGAACAUUUGAAAAAAUUGAAUAAUUUCAACACACUCAAAGCUAUCCUAAAUGCUUUCGAAUAUGGCGAGGUCAAAACCUUAAAAAUUAAUCAAUCAGAACAAGCAAACAAGAUGAAAUUCCAACAACUCAUGUCUGAAGAAUCAAAUUACCAAGAAUACAGACAAACACUCAAAGAAUCAUCUGAGGAAAACACAUCAAUCAUUCCAUACGUCAGACUUCAUUUAAGAGAUUUAUUUCUAGUGGAAGAAAAUCAAAAUGAUUUUGUAAUUGGACCAAAUUCAAUUGAAUUUAUUAAUUGGAUGAAGAGAGAAUCAAUGUAUGAUAUUGUAAAGGAAAUUAAAUAUUUCCAAUCGUUGCCUUGUUAUCAAUUUACAAAAGUUUAUCAAAUUCAAGAAUUACUUAGAAAUAUUCAAAUUGAAUAA